AUGGUGACUCCAUCACAGCUUCUUGGCCUUCUGCUCCUCUGGGUUCCAGCCUCCCAUGGUGAGAUUGUGCUGACCCAGUCUCCGGACUUCCUGUCUAAGGCUACAAAAGAAAAAGUCACCAUCACCUGCCGGGCCAGUCAGAGCAUCAGCACCAGCUUACACUGGUACCAGCAGAAACACAAUCAGGCUCUGAAGCUCCUUAUAAAGUAUGCCUCCCAGACGAUCUCAGGGGUCCCGUCACGGUUCAGCGGCAGCGGGUCUGGGACAGAUUUCACCCUCACCAUCAGCAGUCUGGAGCCUGAAGAUUUUGCCACUUAUUACUGCCAGCAAAGGAAAUCACUGUGGUUCACUUUCGGCCAAGGGACCACACUGGAGAUCAAACGGAGUGAUGCCCAGCCAUCCAUCUUUUUGUUCCCGCCAUCUCUGGACCAGUUACACACAGGCAGUGCCUCUGUCGUGUGCAUGCUGAAUAGCUUCUAUCCCAAAGACGUCACAGUCCAGUGGAAAGUGGAUGGGGCUAUCCAAAACACAGGCAUCCAGGAAAGUGUCACAGAACAGAACAGCAAGGACAGCACCUACAGCCUCAGCAGCACCCUGAUGAUGUCCAGUACAGAGUACCAAAGUCAUGAGAACUACUCCUGCGAGGUCACUCACAAGAGCCUGUCCUCCACCCUUGUCAAGAGCUUCCAAAGAAGCAGGUGUCUGAGUGUGGCCUAGCAGGCCCCCCACCUGCCCCUCAGUCCCAGGCUCCCUGCCUCCCCCCGUCAGGCCUCCGGCCGUUUCCCCAUCAGAGACCCACCCCUGUUGCAGGCCCUU